AUGGAGUUACCAGAAUCUAUAGGAUCGUUGGAGAAUCUGGUUGUCCUAAUAUUGAAUCAGUGCAAGAAACUAUGCAAAUUACCUGCUUCAUUUGGAGAAUUGAAAAGCUUGUAUCACCUGUUCAUGGAGGAAACUGCCAUUACUGAAUUACCUGAAACAUUUGGGAUGCUUUAUAAUUUAAGGACAUUGAAAAUGGCAAAGAAGCCCUACGGCCAGGCGCCUCAGAUUUCUCUAAUAUCAGAGCCAGCUACUAGUACAAAGAGAGAGCAUCGAACUACUCCUGAGGAACACAACAGUAUCUCAAACUCUACUCAAGAAGAUGAAGGACAGGAAGGAAAUGGAGUCCAUUGCCUGGAGUUUGUAUUUGGUAGUUUAAGGCCGCUUUUGGCUAAAUGUCUUCUUUGCUUUGAACAAAAUGCUGUGAACUCGGAAGAUUUUGAUUUUCGACACUGCUACUCGUUAUGA